GAGCACAGGCGAAGGUGAGCGACAGACGUCGGCGGAGACGUAUAAAGACCAAAGAUCACGGCAUACAGACGACUACAAAGAUGGAUCAGACCCUUCCUGCCCCUCCGGUCAGGCGACCUCGGUUUGCCAACAUCAAGGUUUUCUUGCUCUGUCUGUCGCUGCUCUUCUUCUCCAAGGCGAUGUCCGGCAGCUACAUGAAGAGCUCCAUCACCUCCAUCGAGCGCCACUUCAACCUGCCGAGCUCCGUGGCUGGGAUCAUCGACGGCGGCUUUGAGAUGGGCAAUCUGCUGGUGAUCACGGCUGUGAGCUACUUUGGGGCGCGCUUCCAUCGUCCUCGCAUCAUCGCAGCCGGAGCCACCCUCAUGGGGCUGGGCACCCUGCUCAUAGCCCUGCCGCACUUCCUCAUGGGCAGAUACGACUACCAGAGUCACACGUACGGGGAGGGGCCCCAGUGGAUGUGCGUGCCACGCGGCCAGCAGUCCAGCCUCCCGCAGGAGCCCACGUCAGCGGAGCCGGCUUCGGGCAGUGGUGGGGAAGGCUGCCAGCACAAGGCGCAGUCGUCACUCUGGGUGCUCAUACUCGUGGGGAACGCGCUCAGGGGCAUCGGGGAGUCGCCCAUCACUCCCCUGGGCAUCUCCUUCCUGGACGACCACGCGCGCGCCGACAACUCCGCCUUCUACCUGGGAUGCGUAAUGACCGUGGGGCUCAUCGGCCCUGCAGUCGGCUUCCUGGUUGGAUCCGUCUGCACGAAGCUGUUCGUGGACGUGGGGUUCGUCAAUAUGGAGGAGGUGACCAUCUCUCCGCAGGACUCCCGCUGGGUAGGGGCCUGGUGGCUGGGCUUCCUGAUCGCCGGGGGCAUCACGCUGCUCACCGCGCUCCCGCUCUGGUUCUUCCCGGCCUCUGUGCCCCACGAGGAGGAGUUUGCAAUGGCGGCUGCGGCAGUGGCGACGGUGGGAGACGGGCGCGGAGACCUGGACGCUCUGAGCGCGGGAGAGAGAGCUCAUGAAGCGUCUGGCAAGGAGGAGGGCGCGCACUCUGCCAACAAUGAGCAAAGGACGGUCAUUAAUACAAGGGGACUUGACAUUGUCGGUCACAUUGCUGAAGCGGAACUUGCUGAAAGGAAUACUGUACAAGAUUCGGCCAAAAAUAAAUACAAAGCUAGUACUGAGCUUGCCAGCCGGCACACAGAGAGUAACGUGCGUCCUGAAAACACGGAGGCAAGCUUGCAUCUCACUCCGGAAACCAUCAGAUCUCUGGCUAAAGACUUCCUGCCGUCCCUGCGCUGCCUGAUGGCGAACCCCGUGUACGUGUGCAUGCUCAUCAACUACGUGAUGCUCAUGAACGCCUUCAUGGGCUUCUUCACGUUCAAGGCCAAGUACCUCGAGGAACAGUUUGGCGAGACGGCUUCACGCAGCAACCUCAUUAUAGGCGCGGUGAGCCUGCCCAUUGUGGCCAUCGGCAUAUUCCUGGGCGGCCUCGUGUGCAAGCGCGCCAAGCCGUCCCUGCUGAGCCUGGCGCUGCUGGUCCUCGCGAUGGAGUUCCCGGGAUUCCUCCUCACGCUGCCGUACUUCUUCAUCGGAUGCGGAGGGGCGCGCGUCGCCGGCGUUACCGUCCCGUAUGAUGGUGGUACAGUGCUGCCGGGCGGGUCGCUGCUGGCUCCGUGCAACGCGCACUGCGCGUGCUCCUCAGGCGCGUGGGACCCGGUGUGCGGCGCGGACGGCGUCACCUACGCGUCGCCCUGCCUCGCCGGGUGCUCCGUCAUGCGGGGCAGCGGCAGGGACACGGUUUACCAGGAGUGCGCUUGCAUCGGUGCCGGAGGCACGCACAAUUCCUCAGCCUUGUUGGAGCAGUGCCCUCGGGAAGACGACUGCCACAGGAAGUUCAUCCUCUUCAUGCUCAGCUCCUCCGUGGCCGCGUUCUUCAACGCCUUGGCCUUCACGCCAAGCUACACUUUCUUCAUACGAGGCAUCAGAAAAGACCUGACUUCCUUUGCUCUGGGGAUACAGACCCUCAUUACCCGAGUGUUGGCUGGGAUCCCUGCACCGAUUGUUUUUGGUGCUGCCAUCGACUCCACGUGCCUCAAGUCAUCAUCAGGCCAGGCGUGCCAGGGCGAGGGCUCGUGCCACGUAUACGACGUCAACGCGUACAGGAGGAAGCAGGUCGCGCUAAUGACUGGGUUUCUGGGCAUUUCGCUGCUCUUCACGGUCCUGGUUGUUGUGCUGAUCUGGAAGGACGAGAAGAAAGCCCCGAGGCAAGGUGGGGCAGAGGUCAGGGCUGAGACCCACGGUGCCACUUCGUCCGAGUUCCUGAACCUGCCCUGCAUCAGGACCACAGGAGACCAGGAGUGCCUCGUCUCAACGGUCACAUCGGGCCUGCAGGGCUCAGAGCUUGAUCACGGGGAACGGAGUAUGAGGCUUCCUAAUGCCGGUGGUGAGGGCUCAUUGCUUUAAAGCAGAAAACAUCAAUAAUAGUGACAGCAGGGUAAUCAAUGGGCAUCUCUUGGUUCGAAAACAAAAACUGCAGCUCUGAAAUAUGACCCGAUUGGUGUGUUGCCAUAUGGCCCUCUCACUGAAAAAUAAUUGCCAAAUUGACGGAAAAUUAUUUGGCCAUUUUUUUGACAAAUCUCUGCAAAAUUGCCAUUCACCAACACUCACAUUAGGCCCAUGGAUUUUAAUCGUGUUUUUCGUGUGUGUAUGAUGACAUAGGCAGUAUAUACUCAUUAUAAACCACACACAUAGAAUGGAAUGGGAUAAUAUUUCACAAAAUGGAGUUAAUCCAGGGAUAUGUCAUUACUUAAUUUUAAAACAAACAAGUGGGGAAAGUAGAUACAAGUGGGAUAAGAGCAAAAUAUUGUAUGUUUUUACAGAAACGUGUCACUUGUGGUUCAUAGUGGUCCCCGAUGGAGUGAAGAGCAUGGUUGGAAGGUCGUAGCGGCUGAACCAGUAUGCUUUCUCAUCACGAUCUUCACGUAUUGGCUGCUAGUAUCAGAUAAUGGCCUUUCACACGUAUCCUGUUGCAGCAUGUUCCUGGUUCCUGUCUGAUCCUGCAAAUGUCAGUACAGGUAUAUCUCGAAAGAGCUGAAUGCCUCAUCAGAGUUCUGAUUCUGAAAUUUCGCGUUAAUGCAAUUGACAAACUAUGUACACGUUUCGAUGAAUGAAAUAAAAAAUAUAUAAAUUUGCGAGAACGAAAUUUCAUACGACACACACCAUGAGAUCAAACAAGAAGCACCGGGAAGAAGGCUGCGUCAUCCCGUCCGCUGACAGCGUCACGGUAUCCCCGCAGUGCCACAGUAAACGCCUCCACGUCACCUUUACAGUCAUUUCAAACGUGCAGUCGAUCUUUUUGGCAAGUUGCCUGAAAAGGUGAAUUAAUUUUGUUUUGAACUAUUCAAUCGUUUUAAUAUUUAUGUAUUAUGAAAAGUGAUAUAGGUGAAACACAUUUCCCUCAUUUUUGUGUUAAAUGAAUGGGAGCAGCCGAUUUCCGAAAAUAAUUUUUACACCGAGUUUUUGCAGAACGCAUCCCUUUCAUCAAUCACGGGCUACCUGAAUUUAAUUUUCAGUUCCCCUUUGUGAGAAUUGACGAUUUAAGAGUCGAUCUUAGUAUGAAUUAUAUUUCAGAGUUGUUUAUUACCCAGUUCUGUCAAUUGUACAAUAAACUUUCUGAAUAGUAUUUCUGAAACUUAUUUG